AUACCUGUAUGAGGCACUCCCGACUACAGCAGGACGCUGAGGCUGCUACUAGCAGCAAGGUUGGGAAAAUUUGUGUUGCUCUUCUUGCCUGUGAUAUACGGUACAAGGGUUGGCCCUGGUUUGGUCCACCUGCCAGCGGAGUUUAAAGUUUCUGAGGCUGGGACGAACACAAUGACUUGGAUCAAACGGCCUAAAUGGGAAGAAGGGUAUUUCUGCUGCAUCAAGGAAGCCGUUAAACUCCUGCUAGACUAAGCAUCUCCACCACCGACCUCCGCUAUCACUGACUAGAGAUUAUUUUUGACAGUCCAGGAUAUUUCGAAAGCUUGGAGACACAUGGCUGGAAAGUGAAACGAACAUGGAGUGUGGCCACAUCAUUAUUUUGUGUCGCGAGCUUGCAUUUUCUCCCCGCUCUGCAAUAUCAAUUAACUCAACUUUGCAGUGGGGGUAGCCAAAAAGGAAGAGGGCCUUAGAAAGUGUCGGAGGAGCUGCAGUGCCCAGGAAACCGCGGCUGCGACCCGCCGCGUCCUGUGAGGAUCUCAGGGUUGACAGAGCGUCGGCGGUUAUGGAGCCGACGGUGCCCGCGGGCUGCCGUUAGAGACCCAGGAGUCGGGAGCGGUCAGCUCCUUUCGCGGCAGCCUUGGAGGCCGCUGCCCGCUCUGAUCCACGGCGUUUCAUCACCAUUAUCCUAAUUACUGGGAAGUCAUGGAAGACGGCCCGCUGCCAGAUCUCAGAGACAUCGAGCUGAAGCUGGGGCGCAAAGUACCGGAGAGCUUAGUGCGCUCGCUCCGCGGGGAGGAGCCGGCGCCCCAGGAGAGGGACCGGGACCCUGGCGGGGGGAGCGGCGGCGGCUGCAGUUCUGGCAACAGCAGCUGCAGCUUCCCUCCCUCCCUGUCGUCCUCGUCCUCGUCUUCGUCCAGCCCGACCUCCGGCUCCCCGCGACGACGCCACUGCAGCGCCCUGGAGAGGCUAGACACCAAGCUCCACCUUCUCAGGCAAGAGAUGGUUAACCUCCGAGCCACAGAUGUCAGGCUCAUGCGCCAGUUGCUCAUUAUCAAUGAGAACAUUGAGUCCAUCAAGUGGAUGAUUGAAGAGAAAGCCACCAUUACCAGCAGAGGCAGCAGUCUCAGUGGCAGCCUGUGCAGUUUACUGGAGAGUCAGAGCACCUCCUUGCGUGGCAGCUACAACAGCCUACAUGAUGGCAGUGAUGGACUGGAUGGCAUCUCCGUGGGGAGCUUUCUGGACACUUUGGCAGAUGAUGUCCCAGGCCAUCAGACCCCAUCAGACUUGGACCAGUUCAGUGACAGCUCUAUAAUAGAAGACUCACAGGCACUGCACAAGCAUCCCAAAUUGGAUUCUGAAUACUACUGCUUUGGCUAGCAACCCUGUUUCUGCAUGGGACUGGUGUGCAAUUCACUAGUAUUUAUCCUUCUCUGCUGCUAUAUUUUUUGGUGUGAUUUUUUUUUAUAUGACCUUUUAAAAGAAGCUUCUUUUGAAACUGCUUGAUGGUAUUUCUGUUGCCCCUAAUAUUUCUCUUCUGGACUGACUUAUCUUUCUCUCUCACAUCUCUGUUUUUAUUUAUUAUAAUAAUUUUCCUCCCUCUUUUACGGUGGCACAAAUAUUGUAGGGGGAAAAAAUAAGCAAUAAUUGUUUUUGAUUUUGUUUUCAGAGCAAGGGGUCAGGGAUUACAAGAAAAACUUUGCUAAAUUUUACAAUAAAGUCUGAUAACACUUAA